UUUUUGUUUAAUUAUCUACUACGAUGGCCCUGCAGGAACUUACGAUUUUCCCAUCACUAACAAUAAUAUCAAUGUUGCGAGCCACAUGCAGAUUUGCACUAAAUUUAACUGAAAGUAGUGUAACAAAAAGCUUUAAAAUGUCUGCCUUUCAGCAAAUUGUGGAAAACAAUAAGCGCGCAGAGAUGCUGGUGGAGUCCAUCAAGGCCGAGAUGGCCGGCAUACAAGAAGAGCUUAUAAAGCGAGAAAAACAAAAGCUGAUUGCAGAGAACGCUGCACUGACCAAGCAAGUGGAAGCUGCGCUGGCAAAACUUGUUGCCCUCGAGGUACGCAAUGGAAAGAAACAAAUACCUGUGCCAGGACAGCGUAGUUUCUGCACAACAACUACUGGAGCUACUGCAGCUGACACAUCAGCAAGCAACACAAAGGAAGCUGCAGCUGCAAAACCAACUACAACAGUAGCGCCUAAAGAGAAGAAAGUUAAGGAAAAGAAAGCUGCUGCUGAGAAACCAGCUGCUGCAGCUGAAGCACCUGUUGAUGUCGGCCGUUUGGAUAUGCGUGUCGGCAAAAUAGUAGAGGUGGGACGCCACCCAGAUGCAGACAGUUUGUAUCUGGAGAAGAUUGACUGCGGCGAGGCAGCACCACGCACUGUUGUCUCGGGCUUGGUGAAAUUUGUGCCAUUGGAAGAAAUGCAGAAUCGCAUGGUAGUUGUGCUCUGUAAUCUGAAGCCCGCCAAGAUGCGCGGCGUUACCUCCGAGGCUAUGGUCAUGUGUGCAUCUACUCCGGAAAAAGUGGAAGUGCUUAGUCCACCAGCGGGCGCUGUGCCUGGUGACUUGGUUCACUGCGAGGGUUACGUACGUCAGCCAGAUGCUCAACUGAAUCCCAAGAAGAAAAUCUUUGAAACCUGUGCGCCUGACUUAUUAACAAAUGCUGAGCUCGUAGCUUGCUACAAAGGCGCAGCACUGCAUGUACCCGGCAAAGGCAAUGUGGUAGCCCAAACUCUAAAGAAUGUGAACGUUAAAUAAUUCUGUAAAUACUAAUAAAUGCAACUGGUUGCGCUCAACUACGAUUUGAAUUACAAAUAUUAUUCGACCUCAACGAUAAUUAUGAAAUUCACUUCAUUAGUCUA